AUGAUGCGCUCUGACCCUGACGAGGAGUACACCCUCCUUGAGAAAAUUGGAACUGGCUCCUUCGGUACCGUCUACAAAGCUAUCCACAAUGUAUCCAAGGAAGUCGUCGCAAUCAAGCAGAUCAACCUCGAGGACUCGGAAGAAGACAUCAGUGAGAUCCAGCAGGAGAUUGCCCUGUUGUCCCAAUGCGACUCUGAAUAUAUCACCAAAUAUUACGGCAGCUGUGUCAAGGGCUUUAAACUUUGGAUUGUUAUGGAGUACUUAGCAGGCGGAUCGUGCUUAGACCUGCUCAAGCCUGGACCAUUCAGUGAGGAUCAUGUUGCAGUUGUUUUGAGGGAGCUUCUCCUAGGACUCGAGUAUCUUCACGCAGAGGGAAAGAUCCACAGAGACAUCAAGGCUGCCAACGUCCUCCUCUCUGGCGAUGGAGAUGUCAAGCUCGCUGACUUUGGAGUCGCCGCUCAACUUUCGCACCAAAAGAGUAAACGUAACACAUUCGUCGGAACUCCUUUCUGGAUGGCACCAGAGGUGAUCAAGCAGGCUGGAUACGACUCGAAGGCGGAUAUCUGGUCAUUGGGUAUCACGGCCAUUGAGUUGGCCAAGGGCGAGCCACCCCUUGCAGAAUACCACCCGAUGCGUGUGCUGUUCUUGAUCCCAAAGGCCAAGCCCCCAUCCCUGGAGGGCGACUUCUCGAGAGCGUUCAAGGAAUUUGUGGAGCUGUGUUUGAUCAAGAAUCCUAGAGACAGACCAACUGCCAAGGAACUUUUGAAGCACCGAUUCAUCAAGAUGGCCAAGCGCAAGGCUGACCUUCAGGAGCUCGUGGAGAGAUACGAUGUCUGGAAGCUGGCUGCUCAUCAGCGCGCCGCCUCAUCCCUGACCAAGACUUUCAGCACAUUCAACACGAAUGAUGAUGAUUUGCCAUGGGACUUUGGCACUGUUCGCAUUCCUGGCCUGAGUUCUGCUGCAUCGACGGUUCGAAGAGCAUUGCCCAUCAACUCUACCAUCAGAGCAGCUAAACCUGCUUAUAACCAUGGCAGCAUAGUCGACCUCGCUAAUCUCAAGGUUGAGAACGAGAGCAUAGUUCCUAUCGCAUCCAACUCGGGCAUGGACACAAUCAAGCGUCACCCUGGCCCAAGUCAUAGUGAGAUGACCAUUGAGGAUGGGUUUGAGACUAUUAAAGCUGCACCUCCAGCAAAGAAGGCGGUUAGCGAGGAGACCUUUGAAGGCAGUCCACAAGCACAAGCCGGACGGCAGCUCACCAAGGUCGCACUCUUGCCCGUGCUCAGCACACUCAAGAGUGGAGAGCAUAGUGCGGAGGAUCUGGAGGCGCUCAGUGUGCUGGAGCAUGGUAUCUCAGACUUGAACAACAUCAACCCUUCGCUGCUUCUGGCCUUCUUCACCCAAGCACUCACUCAGAUCAAGAACGACCCUGCUCUAAUGAAGCAAAUCGAGUCGCAUGGAAAGACAGCCGUUUCCGACGUGAUUGAUAUCCUUGGAAGCUCGGAUAUCAUUGUCACAGAGAGCGAUACGGCCUCGUCUUCGUCGACAGUAGGAACCGAUUCGACGGCUGUUGAACCAGAGACGACCACGACGACGAAAGAGGCAGAGCCAACGAAACCGGCAGCGGAGACCAACCCAGAGGUUCGCAGUGCCGCCAGUCCUGUUGCUGAAGCUCUCUAUGCGCGAUGGAUUGAACACUUGCGUUCCAAGUGGCCGAUUGUCGCAUGA